AUGGUAGUUUGUACUCUGUCGCACCUAUUUCAAAAUACUCUCAGAAAAAACUCCCAUUAUAUCCUAAGAAUAAACACAUUUAACUACAGUAAUUAUAUUUUUAAUAAUUUUACUGGAUUCCUAAGAAAUGGGCAGUUAUCUCUCAUUAGAUACUUUGCAUCAAAUACAUUGCACAUAUCGAAAGAAUCUCCAGAAACUUCUAACUUUAUAUCAAAUUUAAACUUGGAUACUGGAGUUGAUAGUUUUAAUCACAGUAGUGGACAGGAUUCCACUAGGGAAGAUGCCAAUGGGUUCCAUCACUUGUUGGACUGCUCACACAAAAGGUUAAAACUGAGUAAAAAAACAUUGAAAAACAUCAAAUCAAUUGAAAGACUGUAUAAACAGCCUCAAGAUGACUAUAACAUUGAGUUGAAUACUACUAUUGACUUUGAGGUUCCACUUGCUCAACAGCCUAAGUUCGCGCCUUCUGAGGGAUACGAACACGUUAAAAGAUUGGUACAAAAAAUAUAUAAAUCAGCCUCGGACGGAGUCUACAACGACGCCCUGUGGAGUAAAUAUUCAAAGAAAAUAUGCAUAACGGCAUCACUGUUACAUCCAAGCGAUGUGUGCCUCGUUCUGUAUUCAUUUUCUAAAAUCAGAUAUAAGGACAAGGACCUUUUGAAGAUACUUUUCCCAUUCUUGAUUAAAUAUGUAUCCUACAAUUCGUGCAGAGGUCUUUCACUGAUUAUGAACUCUCUGAAGAGACUUGAAGCUUCAAACUACGAUUUAAUUGAUUUGGUAGUCAACGAGUUUUGUUUGAACGUGGAUAAGGCUAACGUGCAGGAUAUAGCCUUGGUCGCUAAUUCAUUGUCGUUCUUUCAAGUCUAUCACAUAAAGUUUUGGAGGUCCUUGUAUAAUUCUCUCAUGAUUAGACAUCACCAAAUCGAUCCUCUGCAAGCAUCCUUGGUCUUGGCUUCUGUGGCCAAAUUGGAUAUUAGGGACCCGUUGUUGCUUAAGCUUUUGAAGAGAAAGCUGCGACCUCCAAUAGAAAAGAAUGAGCUGCCUUCUCAUUUACUAUCGCUGGUUUAUCAUUCAUUGGCCAAAUUGGAUUUUGAAGCCAAAUACUUUUAUGGAGCGUGUGCAAAUUCAUUUGACUACAUGGUUUCAAAUGAAAAGGUGGACUCACAGGCCCUCGUCCUGUUCUUGUACACUUCUGCGUGUAUCUUGGAACCACAGUUAAAUGUCGUCGAAAAAAGCUUAAAAUUACUUUCGUCCCAAGCUGAUCAUCUGAAAAGUUAUAAGAUGAUUAAGCUCAAAUAUGUGCUGGAUCAUCUGAGCCACAAACAUCAGGGUUUUGUUGAAGGGUUAAACGAAGAACUGAAGAUUUUCCUUAAAACCAUUAGAGACUACAGGAUCAAAAAGUUGAAUAAGAGGCUUUCCAGAUGGGCCCGUGAAGUGUCUAUAAUCCUAAAGGAAGCUGGCGUAGAGCAUAAAAGGAGCGUUCUAUUCGACUACUUGUAUGCUGACAUAUACAUUAAAGAACACAAUUUCAUAAUCAAGUGCACAGGGCCUUAUAGCUACUACACGAAAUCAAGUUUUUUGACAAAAUUUGCUAAAAUUGAGCAGGAUACACUAAUCAUGAAGGGGUUCAACGUUGGUAUUAUUCCUUAUUAUGAGUGGAACCGGCUCAAAACGAACCAGGAUAAAGUAGAAUAUUUAAAACGCUUUGGUGAAAACGCUGCUUUAACUUUGAAUGAUAAGUUAUACUAA